UCUUGUAGUAAAACAAAUAAAUAAAAACCGUAUAUCAAUAUUUCAUUUAUAUUCGGCUAAAGUACAGUCACAAAAGAUAAUUUUAACAAUAUCAGCUAGACGCCUAGACCAAACUUAAUUUUAAUUUGAAAAGAAAAAUGUACAAAAAAAAAAAAAUCCUGACUGCUACAAACUUUUUAUGAAAUCACCAGUACUGGAUCAUAGCCCCUCCUGCCUCCUAAAACCCUCUCAGUCUAGAAAGAAGCAGCUUUUCUCUCGAACGAACUGAACUAAAAAUCUUAUCUUUGAAUUGAAUUCGAAGAAUGGCCCUUUCUCGAUUCUCAACUAUCAAUUAGCGUCUCUAUCUCCCACAGCUAAAAGGUGUUUCUCAAAUGGCAUUAUCAUCACCAUCAUCAUCCUUAUUAUCUCCUUCCUCUCAUCUCCAAAUCUCCACUAAACCUGGUCCGAGACUUCAUUCUAUUUCCAUCCAAAGGCUCAAGUUGAUUCAGGGGCCAUCACAGUAUUUUGAAGCACACCGCAGCUGUUUUUGUGGCAAACUGAAUAAGAGCUUUCGGAAUGCUAGGCUCAAUAUCUCUUGUGCAAUGAAUGUGGCUGCAGGACAAUCUGGUGAUCCUGAGAAGUUAAAUGUAGACCAUAUUAUUGACAAAGCAAGAAAUUUAUGGGACACUUCUCCUCAGCCAGUCAAGCGCUUCCCCUGGAACAGAGCAUUGGAGAACUUCAUUCAACUCAUCCUUGAUCUAGUUGUGGCAGUUGUCAAAUACUUAUGUGUACCUUUACUGGCAGUUUCCUCCCUUAGUGAGAUGUCAUAUUGUGCACAUCACAAGAAGCUAUCUUUUGUCCCACUCCCCCUCCUAAUUGGCAUUGUUGUUGCUGGGAUUUUAAAGGAGACCGCUUUGGAACUAUCUCCACUUCUCAAGGAUGCAGAAGUUCCAUGGCAUCUGAUUGCCAUUGCAAUAUUUUUCAGUUUGAUCAAAUUGCCUGGUCCAUAUUACCCAUACUGGGGACGCAUAUUUAUACCACACUUUGCAAAUGGGGUGUUGUGGAGAACUAUAUGGUCGGCUUUUUUGUGGUAUAGAAAACCCCGAAAGGCAUCACAAUCAAUGCUGAAGCAAGAUUCAGUAAUUGGGAGUAAUUCUGGAACAAACAAAAACUGAUUUAUCAAGUGAAUCAAGACUGGGUCAGACAUUCCGCGGAUACAAAACGGGGUGCAUUUUGGAUCCAGAGAUCAGUGCUUUGGUGCAUUAAGAAGCAUAAACCUCUACAGUGGCUAAGACGGAUGAUAAAGGGAUCAUAAGUUCUUCAUCCCUGCCCCCUUCGGAGAAAGGUUUUUUGGGAGAGAGUGUCAGUUCUUUUCUAACCAUUGCUUUUAGAUGUUUAAAAUUGAAGUUUGGGAUACGUAAAAUGUAUUUGCAGAGACCAGUUGGUAGAUUGAUAAGAUAAAAGGCUCUCUAGAAAGUCAAUAGUUUGAAGGCUGCAAUUCUUUUUUGUUUUCUACAUCUGAAAGUUUCUUGGAUAAAACUGAAGAAUCCUCUUAUUUUGUCAUCGUGACAUAUGAUCUACUGAAAAAUCAAAGUAGACUGAUGAUUCAUGUCUGAAUAUAAUAACAUGUGCGAAAUAGAAAAAUCUUGGCUACUUCUUAUGGAAUGUAUUAAAAAUCUUCUGCAUAAAGAGAGAUUGCUGCAUUAAAAAAAUAAAUUAUUUCUAUUUUAAUUCUUAA